AUGGAAAUAACCAAUAAAUCUAAUCAGUUAAAUGAAUUAGAUAAAAGAAAUGAAUCUGAUGAAUUAGAUAAAUCAGAUGAAGAGUUAACAAGUCAUACGGAAACAGAUACUCUUUCUUCAAGACUAUCUAGUACAAUUUGGAAACAUUUUAAAGUUGAAGAUGAAAAAGCAUGUUGUUUAUAUUGCAC